AAUCGAGGGUUUAAGGGCAGGCCAAGGAGCAAAGGUGCCGGAGUCUUGUCGGAUUCGGUGACGGGUACCGAAAUCUUCCUGAGACUCGACGGCAGUUGCAUCGUUAUCUGAAAACGAUCCUCUCAUUGCGUGGAGCGGAGCAGGCGGACUGGGCUCGGCUCGACUCGAGGAGCAGAGUUAGCGUUUUCUGGCACGAAUUGCAAUUCUCGGCACUUCCUCUGCAGCUGCGCAUGCGGUACUGUCUUAAGACGAGGUUCUGAUUCGUCUUUCGCCCGCAUUUGGCCUCUUCCGUUCUUCGUUUUGGGCUGAUGGGUUGCGGUCAAGGCUUGGCAAUUCAAAUUGUUUCGUCUCGAGGGUAGAGGAAUUGUGCUGCGUGCACCGGAGCGGAGCAGAGGAUUGCUAUGAAUCUGUCUCACGUCUUGAGGUUUGGUUCCUCUUUGAGCUCACUGUCAUCACGCAGGACUUUGGAGCAAGGGUGCAGUCGGGACGUAGCAGCUCGCAGGCAGGCCGUGGGUUUACGCAUCAAUUGUAGAGGUUCUGAUGGGGAGUCUCGUCGCGGUGCCGGAGACGAUAGAAGAAGCCUGAAUGGCGUGAGUGAUCGCCCGAGGUAUCCCAGGGGUGGGGAUGGAGGUUACAGGAGCUCGGAAGGAUCACGGGGAAAUUACAGAGGGGGCUCGGGUGGACGAUAUGGUGGCUCUGAUUCUAAAAACUACAGAGGUGGUGACUAUGGGAGGUAUAAAGGCCCAGGUGGUGGUCAUGGAAGGGGUAGGGAUAGGAAGAAACAAAUGCAUCCUGGGGCUUAUUCGAUGGUUGAUGAACAGACUGGAGAAAAGGUUAUAGUUUGGGGCGUGGAAACAGAUGAUGAUAUCCCCGUUCCCACUGCUGAAGACUUGCAUUGGAGAAAGACAGUUUUGGCCAUUCCUGGUGACGCCAGUGAUGACACCUGGGCUAAAGUCAUGGAAGAUUCAGGGUCUAACGAUUCUUACAGCGUCAAGGGUGUCCCGCAGGGAGGUAGAGACUGGAUUGAUGAUUUAUACGAAGAUGACGUAGACGAUGACGAUGACGAAGAUGAUGAGGUCUUUGAUGAAUAUGAAAGCGAGUCGGAUGUUGGGGAAGAAGAGAUAGAAAGAGUAGAAAGUAGGAAGGUUGCUAGACCUGCUAGACUGAAAGUGUUUGGUCGUGAUGUAAGAGGGAAAUCUCUGCUGAAAGUCCAGACGUCCAGUACAGAGAUUAAUGGGACUUCCUCAGUGCCGGCUGUGAAUGGAGUUAAAAUUGGGGUUGAUACUAGAACUGAAGUUGAUACUGAGGCCAAAGACACAGAUUCAAAGUUAAUCUCGAAGUUGGGGGACACUGACAAGUUCGAAUUGGUCGUGAGCGACCCGGAAGAAAUAGAUCGUAGUGAAGAUCCGCUAGUGACAGAAACUACAGGUAGCUUGGAAACUGCGCACGAGGUAGAGGCGAGCACAGCUGUAAGUUACACUGAUAAUUCUCCAACUGUUGUUAACGAAUCUGCGGAAAGCAGGGUUGGAGAAGAUCCACUUUACGAGCGAGUCGUCAGCAAUGAACACUCCCAAGUUGAGGCUGCUGCAAAAUCUCAGCUCUUGGAGGAACUCCCAGCAGUACAGGGUACACCUUCCGACGGUAGAAAGAAGCUCCAAAAGGGACUGGCGAGCACAAAAGGUGAUGAAGACGAGGAGGCUGUCCUUGAUAAGCCAGCAUCUGGUAGAAGUAGGGUGCUGAAAACUCAGAGUAGUCAGGCAGAUACUCAUGCAAGUGAAGCGUACGAAGCUCCGUCAACGUCCUCUGAAGAAUAUGCAGAGAGGCGGACUAGAGCUCCCAAGAAUGAAAGGAAUCCUGCUCCAGGAGAGUAUUACAUCAUCGACGUUACUGACGAUGAUGAUGGCGGCUCCAGAAAGAAAAAAUAUGACGAAGCGAAGGAAGGGAGGAAAGUUGGCCUGCUUGAUCAACUACGGCUUCAAGCUACUGGAAAAAAGCCAAUGUCGAAGGAAAGUGCUGAGGAUGACGAAUCCAACAAGACGUCAGAGGCACAAAGGGAGCCUUGGCAGAGCGCAGACGCAGGGCCUCUUCCGAUGACACCAAUGCGAGACAUGAAAGCUCGGGAUAAUUAUGACGCUUCCAUAGCAGAUGACUUCUUCAGUCAAAAGUCUUUCCGUGAAGUAGGAGCCACUGUUGAACUUACUCGGGCUCUUGCUUACCUUCAGGUUGAAAAGCCAUCUCAAAUUCAGGCACUAUCAUUCACGCCCAUUUUACAAGGGAAGAGCUGUAUCAUCGCCGAACAGACAGGAUCAGGGAAGACUAUUGCGUAUGUGGCUCCUCUGGUUCAGCGCCUAAAAGCUGAUGAAGCUGCGGGCAUGGGUAAGGCCUUGUCAAAGAAGCCUCGAGUUUUGGUGCUGGUUCCCACUAGCGAGCUUGCCGCGCAGGUUCUCAAAACAUUCAGAGCAUUAUCCAAAGGAGGAGUGCCAACCAGGUCGAUUGUUUUAACUGGCGGAUUCAAGUGGAAAACUCAAGUUGAAAGUUUAGAGCAAGGUGCAGAUAUCGUGAUUGCCACACCUGGACGGCUUCUUCAGCAUCUAGAGGCCGGGAAUAUCAAGUUUGACCACUUAAAGAGUGUGGUAUUUGACGAAGUAGAUAUACUUUUCGACGAUGAGGACUUUUCUCAGGCUUUACAGACCAUCAAUAAAGCUGCCUCCAUUAAAGUGCAGUACGUGCAUGUAACAGCAACUCUUCCUGUUGAUGUACAUGACGACCUUUUGGAGAGAUAUCCCGACUGUCUUUCUGUGAUGGGCCCGAGUCUUCAUCGGACGGCACCGGGCUUGCAAGAGAUUCUAGUUGAUUGCAGUGGAGGAGACGCUGAUGAAAAAACUCCAGAGAGCGCAUUUGUUAACAAACGGACAGCAUUAUUGCAAUUGGUGAAUGACAAACCUGCUACGAAAACCAUUGUAUUUUGUAAUAAGAUCGAGACAUGUAGGAAAGUCGAAAACAUUCUCACUCGGUAUGAUAGAACUGGAAAGAAGAUUCAAGUCCUUCCUUAUCAUGCGGCCCUCUCUCAAGAAGCUCGACUAGAGACCUUGGAAACCUUCAUGGCACCAAACCCGAAGGAGAGAUUGUUUCUGGUCUGCACUGACAGAGCAUCGAGAGGUAUAGAUUCUUUGGAUGUAGAGCAUGUCGUGCUCUUCGAUUUUCCUCGAGACCCAAGCGAGUAUGUGAGGCGAAUUGGAAGAACCGCCCGAGGAGCAGGUGGAACAGGAAAGGUCUUCGUGUUCGUAGUAGGCAAGCAAGUAUCAGCAGCAAGAAGAAUAAUGGAUCGAAACGAUAAAGGAUAUCCCAUACACGAUGUUCCCGGUGAAAAGUAUUAUUACUCCAAUUAGAAAUAUGUUGAUAAAUCUAUCAUAAUAAA